GUGUUUAAAUGACAUUAGGACCAUAGUUCCAAACUAAGGGAGUGUCUUGUACCAUAUGAGACUGCUGCAAAUAUAUUCACAUGAAGAUCUUUUGAUAAAUCUAAAUUAUAUACAAGAAAAUAAAAAUAAAUAUUUCCAUCUAUAGUAUCAUGAACAGUUGUUUUUGCAAACAAAUGCUGCUCCUUAUUCUUUGCAUAUAUGUUUAUAUCCUUUAUUAUUACACAGCCUCAUUCUGUUCUCAUUUCUCUUUACAGUUUGCUCUCAUCCCAUCGAUCUGUUGUUUAUGACCGACUCUUCAAGGAGUAUGAUGCCCAAAGCCUACCAAAAGAGCUUAGAAUUUAUAGCAUCGGUAACCGAAGCAUUUGACAUUCAGGAGGAAGGAACACACGUGGCAGUUAUACAGUAUGCAACAAACGCCAGAAUAAUAUUUGAUUUUAACAAAUUUAAAGGCGAAGCCAUGAGCAAAGAAAAGGUUGUAGAUGAAAUAAAGAAAAUUCCUUCCAGUAAUGGUAAAUCAACAAGAAUUGAUAAAGCCUUGAAUCUUGCUUUCAAAGUCUUCAGUGAGAAACAUGGAGGGCGAAAAGGCAUUCCAAAAAUUGCUAUCCUCAUAACUGAUGGUCUUCAAUCGUAUACUGAAGAUAAACCUCAACCAAUAAAAACAUCGAAAAAAUUACAAGGAACUGGUGUCCACGUAUAUACGGUUGGAGUCGGAAUGGAAAUUAAUAAGUAUGACUUAAAAAUAAUGGCUUCUGAUCAUAACAGUACAUUCAUCGCAAAUGACCUCAAAGAUCUGUUGAAGUUUGCAAAGAAAAUUCCGAAAAAAAUAUGUGAAGAUGUUGAAUUGAUUUCACCGACACCAAAACCUACGCAUAAAACAACGAAGAAUAAAGGAUCUGUGACGGAAGAAUGUCCGUUUGAUGAGUAAGGAAGCUUGCAAGUAGAUUAAGGUCCUUUGGAGAAAGUGUCUAACUGAUUAAUUAAAAGGCUUAAAGAUGGCUGCUGUGGACCAUGUUAUUUCAGAAAAGUGAAGAAGAAACAACAAACUAUGAUUUUUAACGACUAUACAUCAAAUGUCAUUUAUUUAAUUUUAC